UUCUAUCCUCUCUUGUUCGUGUCCCGCCCCAUUGCAAUGCAUUGCAACCACACCACAUGCCGUCCGCGUGUCGUGCCCACUGCCCCCCAGAAAGAAGAAACAAAACACUGACUGACUGACUGAUGUAUACGAAAUCGGACACGUGCCUGCUGACUGCUGACUUGACUGCAGUGUGUGUGUGUGAGUGAGUGUGAGUGGAUGAAUCGACUCCCCCAUCCGUCCAUUCCGAUCUCCAAUCCCGUGCACCGAAGGGCACCCAAGCAAGCUGAACGCACGCACGCACCUUUACUCCCACACGGCUGGCCGACUACUGAUCGCCUGGACAAUCAAACAGGCAGACAGUGGCUGCCCGGCCGUGUGUUUGGGGGAGGGGGGCGGCCCAGCCCAUGGCAGGGAGGCUGCUGAAAAACUCCUGUGAGUAUCCUGUCUGCAUGUACGUGUGAGUCUCGAGGAAGUCAGCACGGAUUGACGAGCCGUUCAUAACGAACGCAAACACAUGUGUUCCUCCCUCCAUUUGCCCCUUGAAAACGAACGAGUGGGCGGCCGAGGCUCGCCACUGCACACUCAGGCGGCCCAUGGAUCCCACCGACCCAGCCCAAGCCAAGCAGACACAACAAAUCGCCACCACACGUACACGACACACGAAUCUUCACCGACCCAACAGGCAGACACGCACUCAUGGACACACACAAACACACACACACACACAGAGGUCGGUCGGUCGGCUGCGCUGCAUCAAACGUUUGAGAAAGGAAGCAGAUGGAUGGAUGGAUGGAUGGGUCAAACCAAACCUGACUGACUCUACGCGGCUGUGCUGUGGAUGGGGCAAAAAGUCUGAUCUGUCUGUCGACAGAUCAGCUGCAUUACUCAAAUCACUCACACACACAACACACACUCACACGCAACGCAACACACAUAUAUAUAAAUGUGAGUCAUGCAGGCAGGCAGGCAGGCGUGUAGACCGUCCGCCCUUCCGCCGUGUGUCUGCCUCCUUUGUGUCAGUCGACAGGCAGUCACAUCGCGGACGGACGGACGAACAGACAGACAGACAGACUUCAUUCACUCUUCCAUUCACUACACACACACAUAGUCACACACACAUAGUCACCCAGUCCCUCCACGAAAAAGCCUGUGGAUGGGACCGUCUGGAAAAAAAGCGGCGCCAGGGCACACCCAACAAACAGCACGAGCGCGUCGACUAGAGGGGAGGGGGUAUCCACGCUGGGAUGACAGACAGACGGGAAGGAGGAACGAGAGAGGGGCUUGAGGAUGCGAUGCCACAAUUCAACGAGAAGAAUGGGUGUCCAGGCCAGCCAGGCACACACUGAAUGAGAUGAGAGGGACCUACAACAAGACUGGCUUACGUAUACAUGGCAAGUAGUGAGUCAGUGAGAGAGGAAGGGAAGAGCCAAGCCUUUCUCGAGAUAGCGAGCGAGAGCAUCAAUCUCAAGACACAUACAGCUCAAAUCGUCCUUGUUACUUACCCACACCCGGCCCGGCGGCUUCACACACACUCACACAUAUGCAAGGAAACAAGACACAUGAACGAACACGUGAAGGAAGGAUGACUACCUACCUGUCAGCCUGCGAUCUGACCUGCACACCACACACACGCGAGCUGCCACCAUGCACACACACAUUCACACACACACGGACGGACAGACAGACGGACAGACAGUACCUACUUGUGACCAUCAAGGCACGAAUCAAUGAAUGGAGGGAGGAAGUGAGAGAGCAGUGCAGUGUUUACCUAUUUGUUAGACCUACAUACCAUACUCCCCUGCGUGCCUGUCUGGUUGCUGCGCGUCGUCGACUUCAAAUGUGUGACAACCGACACACCGCACCGCACCGCAGACGUAGGACACAUCACAUGCACGCCCCGCUCCUGUCUGUGCGGAAUGCGACUGACUGACUGCACCCACAGCCGACACAGAAUACCUACUUGGGGGCGGGGUGAGGGCAAUCGAUACAGGGACGGAAGCACACGCCGGCACACACACACACACACACACAGAAAGAGAGAGAGAGAGAGAGAGAAAGGUCGCUCACGCAGGAGCGCCCCUGCGUGUGUGGCGAUUAGGCACCCACCCUCAUCAGCAGACAGGCGUAGACACAUGAAUCAGUAGGCACACACACACAUACACACACAUACACACACAUACACCCAAACAAACAUCACGGUUUAGAUAGCACAGCGCACGGACACAUAAUGACGCACACAGAAGGAAGAAGUGCACGGCGCACUUGUGUGUAUGGGUGCAUGAGGUGGAUGUGUGCUGCAAGCCUUACUGACUGAGCGGACCAACAGCAACAAGAGGGGAUGAGAUAAGGGGCCUGCUGUGUGUGCGAUAGAUAGUUGCGUCUUCACCCUUCACAUACGAGGCAGGCAAUGCAGGCAGGCAGGCAGGCAGGGCGGAUCAGCCGGUCUCUCAGCUGAAAUGGCCCUGCUAUCUAUCUGGACAGACGAGAUACAUGGCCCAAUCACAUCAUACCCCACCACACCACACGUCACACCACGCACAGACAGGCAGACGGACAUGAAGGUCCCCAUCCCCCAUCGCGUCUCUAUCUCCUUCUCUCUUGCCCCAUUAAGCAUGGCCAAAGCUCCCGAGCCCCGGCAUUUACUCACACACUCAUUCACUCGGCAGUCAGUGUGCGUCUCCCGUCCCCCCAACCGCCACACACUCACGCCACGGUUGCUCGCUUCAGACCUGUAUGUGUGGCGUAGUACACACGCACGCCGACCCACGUCAGACAUCAGAGGGAGGGACGCACGGAGCAGCCAGCACCAAUUAGCAGAUAGAGAGGCAGAUGGACAGAUAGCCACGUACACAUCACACACGCACACACAGGCGUGGCGUGAGUAAACAGGGGUGGGUCGUCAAGGGCGCCCGUCGUCGUGCCCACCAGUGUCAUGGACCCGUAUCAUCCGCGGCUCAGGCAGACAGACAGACAGGCAGGCAGACAUUGCCUCCUUCUCCCUCUCCCCUCCCCCUCCCCUCUCUCUCUCUUACACACAGGCAGUCAGUCAUCCGCAAGCCACACGUCUCUUCUCGCUGCCUCUGGCACUCACACAACACGCCCACACAUCCAUCCAUCUACACCCACACCCACACACAAGACGACACGACACAAGGCCGCAUUGACGUGUGUGUGUGUGUGUGGAUGUUUGUAUGGGUGACCGGGACACACAUGAGAGGCCUGGACUCUUGAAGGGAGGGAGGGAGGGAGGGAGGACGAGCAUACAUCAAAGGCCCCAAACACACACACACAGACUUGCCCCCUCGGCCUCCCCUCCCAGCCCCCAGGCCCUCCCUCCCCACAUUCACCCCCGCACCUCACCUAUCUGUGAAUGUGGGUGAGAGAGGGAGUGCGUGUGCGUGUGCGUGUGCGUGUGCGUGUGUGUCUGCCACUGCCCCGCUCCCCAUCCCUCUCGACGGUCGCCACAUACGGCAGGCCCCGACGACGCAGCAACAGAAACGGCACCGACACCACCUCCUUAGCGCCACCACCAACAGCAGCGGCAGCAGCAGCGGCACAAGCACACCCACCCUCCUCAAGAUCGUCAUCGCUCAACUCGAGUUGGUGGAGGGAUGACGAACUGGCGGCCGUCGAGGGCGUGUCCAUGGCGUGGAGGAGGAUGCACUUGGGUGUGGGCGUGCUGCUGGCCGACGAGAUCGGUGUGGGUGUGAGUGCCGUGGCUGUGGGUGUGUUGCUGGCGGAGGGAGUGGUGGUUGACGAGUGGGGGGAGUGUGAGUGUGAGUGGCUGGGGCUUGGGGGGAGGGGCCCCGGUGGCGGUGGGGGUGGGGGCAGGAGGGAGGCUACGGGGAUGCCGUGGUCACCUGUCACUGCUAUCCUUGGCCUGACACACACACAACCAAACCACACAGCACACACAUGACAUGGUGUGGCCAGCCAUAGCUACACACACGUAGAGAGAGAGACCUCCUUACUUACCGUGAGUCUGUGCGGACCCUGCGUUUGCACUUGUACUGUUUCUUGUGUGGGUGAUGGAAGUGGCAGAAGCUGCACGAGGCGCCGUUCAUGCAGCCCUUGGUCCAGUAGAACACGCACUGCUUGCAGCUACCCAGCAGAUGAUACGCGCUCCCUACAACCAAGUUUACCACAUCGACGCAUGGAACCAACACACUCACACACAAACAUCCCUCCCAUCCGCCCACACCACUCCCACCUGUCUGUGCCGUGCCAACGUAACGUACCAGGAUUGAUGGGUACGAUGUGGUCAUAGUCGCCGUAGCUGAUCUUGCCGAGGUCCCCCUCCACCUCCUCAAACCACAACACACGCAUCCGGUGACGCGCACAGAAAUCCAGACGCUCCUGCAUCGACGCAGAUGGGCUGGGUGAGGGGGAAGGGGAGGUGCCACCCGGCAGGUCUGCAGGGCUGUCGCCCUCGUCGUCGGUGUCGUCGCAGAGGAGGGCCUCGGUGGGGGUCCUCUGGGGUGUCUUGUGGGCGCUGAUGGUGCCGCUCUUGUUCUUGUGCUUCUUGCGUCUGCGCUUCUUGGAGGAGGAUGACUCGACCGUCGAGGGGGUCUCGGGGUGGCAGCAAUCUGCAGACAUGGUAUGGCAUGGUGGAUUGACAACAAAGGUUUGUGCCUGCCUGCCUGCCAGUCGUCUCUCUCUCUCUCACUGACCGCCGUUCUCUCCGUCCGUGUCAUGGUGUUGCUUGAGCAGAGGCGGCAGCAUCGCCUUGCCCUCCUGCUCCUGUCCCUGCCCUUCCCCCUCCCCCUCCCCGUGGUGGUCUGCCGCUUGCUGCUCCUGCUGCUGCUCCAUGGCCCGGAACUCCCAGUACAUGGCAGUGUCGUCACGGAGCCGCGCCAUGCCCUCCCUUCUCGCGACAGCCAUGCACUCAGACGCGGCCACGCUGUGCAUCAAGAUGGUGGCAUUGCGGGCGAAGGGGUCACAGUGGUGCAAGUGGUCCUGCUGGUGGUGGUGCGGGGCGUCUGUGAUUGUGCGUGGCGAGAGUGAGAGGCAUCUGCGUCUUGCGGAUGCGGGGAGGGGGCUGCGGAUGCUGAUGAAGGUGUUGCGGACGCUGCCCUUGAGCCAUGACGUCUGCCCAUCCAACACAGACGACUCGGAGGGGGUGAGGAAAUACAUGACGAGGGAUAGCCGACAAUGACAAUCGAAAGAUCUAUCUUCUGCCAGGGUGUGGGAGUCUGGA